UUGUUUUCCCGUAUCCGCCAUUUCAGUUUUUGAAGUUAGUUGACAUAGGCGGCUGGAUUGUAGCUGGAAUUCUGUCCCGAAACCAGUUAAAUGGUUGGUAGAUCUUUACUCUGCCCACGAACCCAACAAGAGUCCAUUUUGUCGCGUGGUUUAUGUUCGGUGAAUCGGUCCCCGAACGGCCAGUUGCGGAUGUCGCCUGUUUACUAAGCGUGCUCUAGGCGCUAAAGUUUUUGUAUGAGUUGAAGGCUUCGCGUGUGGAUAACGGAGGGAGAGCAGGGAAGGCCCCGGUGAAGCCUCGGCUUUGGAGUGGUUAUCAUGGCCGGAAAUUUUGACGCAGAGGACCGUGGCAGCUGGUACUGGGCUCGGUUGAGCAGGCAGGAGGCUGUGUCUCUGUUGCAGGGUCAAAGGCACGGCGUGUUUCUGGUCCGGGACUCUAUCACCAGCCCCGGCGACUACGUGCUCUCGGUGUCGGAGAACUCCAAAGUCUCGCAUUACAUAAUAAACAGCAUCACCAACAACCGACAAUCGGGUCCAGGUUUGUCCCAUCCAAGGUUCCGUAUUGGUGACCAGGAGUUUGAUGCCCUCCCUGCUCUGCUUGAGUUUUAUAAAAUCCACUACUUGGAUACCACCACAUUGAUAGAACCGAUCAACAAAUCCAAACAUCCCUUGUACAUGGGGCCGGGUGGAUGUCCCCCGCCACGCUUGGAGGACGAGUACGUAAGAGCGCUUUUUGAUUUUCCUGGCAAUGACGAGGAGGAUCUUCCAUUCAGGAAGGGAGAUGUUCUCCGAGUUCUGGAGAAGCCAGAGGAGCAGUGGUGGAAUGCCCAGAACUCUGAGGGCCGAACGGGGAUGAUCCCAGUGCCGUAUGUGGAGAAGUACCGACCGGCAUCUCCGAGUUCAGCGGCAGGGCCUGGGGGGCCACCAGGUGGGAUGGCAAUGCACGGGAACUCUGAAAGCUCUGCAGCCCAGUCUGGUGCUCCAUUGCUGGGAGACCCCAGCCAGUACGCUCAGCCCACCCCUCUACCAAACCUCCAGAACGGACCAGUCUAUGCCAGGGCCAUACAGAAGAGGGUGCCCAAUGCCUACGACAAAACCGCCCUGGCCUUAGAGGUGGGCGACAUGGUGAAGGUGACCAAAAUAAACGUGAAUGGGCAGUGGGAGGGGGAAUGUAAAGGCAAGCGAGGCCACUUUCCCUUCACACACGUCAAACUGCUGGACCAGCACAACGCCGAGGAUGAGCUGAGCUGAGGGUGGACCACCGGGCCACUACCUGAACUCUAGGAUUAGAUUUUUCCUCAUCCCUCCCUCCCCCCUCCCUCUUUCUCUCCUCCAGUCAAAACUCCUCCCUCAUGUUUUCUCACUGGCACCAAGUACAGUUUCAAAACAUCACUGAGAACAAGCCAGGUCCCUGUUGGAGUCGUUCCCACCCCCCCAAUGGUAGCUGUUCUGUGCAUUUGAUUCGGACUGCCCAGUAUAGUUAACGUCCACCACACAGACGGCAUUAUUUCUCGAUUUUGCAGCUAAGAGUUCUCCGGCUUUUCCUGGACAUGAAUGCAGCAUUGCUCUGAUUGAACCCAUACUGCUUUAGGAGGAUCCAGAACUGGUUCACCUGUCCUGUGAAGUCCAAGCAAGAGAAAAUAAACCUUAACAGUUUGAAGGAGUCGCAGCACGAGGCCCAAGCAGCAACCUGAGAAAACUGCAAGACUGUUGAAGAGGAGGCGAUAAAGGCAACACUACAUCCUCUUACCUCAGCACCCCCUUCAACCAAGUACCAUCAAGUAGAUUUUUGUAAAAUAAAUAGAAGAUAUUAUGAAAUGAUGUACUACAUGCUUAUCAUUUCAAGCUAAACAUUGUUUUAGUCAUCUUUGUAGUUGUCCUUUUUGCUGGUUUUUGUCUGGAAGUGCACAUUUUUUUGCUGCUGCGUGCUGGGAGCGAUGGCUGGGCAGUGGAAAGUGAACUUACUGAAGUCGGAUGGGGCACAUCUGUUCACCCCCCCAACCCUCGCGUGUUCUCAUUCUGCAUCUGAUGUACACGACUGAAGUUGAACAGAGUGAAUGUAGGCUGUCCACAAUGCUAGUUAGUACUGUCUCCUCAUAUUAGUUCGCUCCAUUAAGCUCACUGAGUAUAUCUUAGCUAAUCAGAUGUGUGUUCAGAUCUUUGUGUGUCAAAGGAAAGAGAAAAUGGAAUUAUCUUAUUAGGUACCUGCCCUUUUGUUUUGAAGCCUUUUAUAAUCUUGCCACCUUACACCUUUUAGUCCUUUAACACAUUUAAUUUUUUCCUCCCUGUUUUGGUCCUUUUACUAGUCUCUUAUUUAAAUUUUUGUCUGGUUACAUGCACAGGCCAAAAUGGACUUUUUUGUUUGUUUUUUAUAGUUUUAGCUCAUCCCUUCAUGUCUUUAUUGCCAAGAGUUUAAGUUGUUUUUUUUUGUUUGUUUGUUUUUUGCCCCCCCAAAAAGUUAAGCUUAAAUCUACAUGUCAACAUGACAAUCAUCACCCCGUGUAUUGUAAAACUGACUAAAUGUGUAGCGUCUGAACACUUUAAAUGUGACCCGUUAGAAUUUGAUGUCUGUUCUAAAUGAAGGCUUCCACUCGGAUGUGGUGGGUGCAGCGUUUCGGCUCAUCGCCUGCAGGUGGCCCUGCAACACUUUCAGGUGAAAAGGUUCUGUCAGAGCUGAUGAGCUGAAGGGAGAUGAAGUUUUAACAGAGUGCACUUACUGCUUUCACACAGCUUUCUGUCCAUUUCACAGUGUAAUUAUCUCCUCACUGACCUCAUCGUGGUCCGCUCUCCUCCUUUUACUCUUUGUUUUUAGGUCAGUUGCCCUCAAAACUCCAAACUUUACUCUUUUAAAAAUAUUUUGACAUUCUGGAAAAAUGUAAAAUGAGUUACACAGUCCAUUUUCAUCUGCAUAUUCAUGAUCAAAUUCAGCUUCUGUCACUCGGUCUGCACUCAGCAGGUGCUCAGCUGCGUAAAUCUACAUUUUGUUGCCAAUGAAACCACCAAGAAGUAUUUUUUUAGUAGCCCUGCAUGAAGUCAUUCACGUCCUUGUCAUACGAAGGAACUGAUGGUAAAAUGCCAGCGGAAACUGUGUAAUAUCAAUAUGUGCCAUUUUAUUAUAACACUAUAUUCUUUCAAGACAACUGAAAUUACCUUUUUAUUUUCUGUAGCAUGUAAUGUGUUAAUAUAAUAGUAAAUAAAGUCAAACCCAUGACA